AUGUUUUCACGAGUGUCGGAGCAAAUGUUCAGAAAAAGCAUGCUCCUCAAAAGUGAAAUCGACAUUUGUUCCAGAAUAAUUAAUCUGUCGGUGUGCGUCUUCCGGCGGGAUCCACCUCCGAAUCGCUUGAUCGCACACUUUCAUUCGACAUGCCAGUGCGUCCAUUCCUCCUCGGUUGUCUCCGAGUGGACCGGCCAAACGGGGCUCGACUACAGCCGGACCAGUCGCCGUUCGGUGCCAACGAAGAAGCCGUGUCGUCGCUUAUUGGCUGGCCAGUUGUAG